AUGGUGAUAAUUGAGCAAUCAUCUUCAACUAUUGACACUUGUCAAAUGAAUAUCAAAAUUGAUACAGAUAAACCAGUUACAUUGUCGAUCAAUACAACAAAUGAACAUCAUCAUUUGCAUACUACAUCGGCACCAACAUCGAUCUAUCAUCCUCGAAAUCCAUCAAGCAAUAGUCCAAUGAAUGGGAAUACUACAAAUCCAGGUCAUUUUCAUCAUCAUCAUACACAUUUAUAUAAUCCACCUAAUGGUUAUAAUUAUUCAUCAACGCCACCACAACCACCAUCAUCAGCUAGUUAUUAUUCAAUGCAACCAACUAAUCUUUAUAAUGAUCCAUAUUCUCAAUGUUCAUCUUAUUGGAAAGCAGCCGCAGCAGCAGCAGCAUCCUCACCUGAUCUUUCAAAGUCGAAUAAUAAUAAUCAUUCAAAUCGAUUAUCCUAUCCUCUUGAUCAUCCUCAUUCAUCCAAUAUGCACUAUAUACCAUCAUCAACAGGCUUAUCUUCUCAAUUAGAUAUUAAAUCUGAACAUUCAUCACCAAUGAAAAAUAUUCAAUUAACAAUGUCAGGUGAAGAAGAUUCAAAUGAAAGUCAUCCAACAGGUACCGAAGAAGAUGAUGAAGAUGAAGAUGAAGAUAUGGAUUUAAAAACACCAGAAAAAGAAGAACCAAAUAAUCCAUCUAAUAAUGCACCAAGAAAAUCAAAUCGUCGAGCAGAAAAACCACCAUAUUCGUAUAUUGCUUUGAUUGUUAUGGCUAUUAAUAGUACGCCAACAAAAAAAAUGACAUUAUCAGAAAUAUAUGCAUUUUUACAGCAAAGUUUUCCGUUUUUUCGUUCAACUUAUAUGGGAUGGAAAAAUUCUGUUCGACAUAAUUUAAGUCUUAAUGAAUGUUUUAUUAAAUUACCAAAAGCAAUGGGUCGAGCUGGAAAAGGACAUUAUUGGACGAUAGCACCUGAUUCCGAUUGUAUGUUUGAUGAUAAUUGUAUGCGAAGAAGACCUAGAGGAUUUCGACGAAAAUUAGGAAAACAAUCAGCAUAUCCAAAUCUUUUAGGUCAAAUGGAUACAACAGUUUCAACAAAUUCAAAUGGUACAGCAACAUCAUCAACAUCAUCAGCUAUGGAUCCAAGUGCCGUUAGCUCUUACAAUCCUAAUCCAUCAUCAUCAUCGCCUUCGACAUCAACUGGUGUAGGACCUACAAAUUAUUUUGAUCUUAGUAAUUAUGCUGCUUCAUCGUCAUCAACAACAGCAGCAGUCAAUGGACAUCAUUCGUCAGAUCUCUAUGCAGCUGCAGCACUCAUGGCCUCAUAUUCUUCCACUUAUCCUCAUCGUUCUCAUUUUACAACAAAUAAUUCAUCUUGUUCUUCAUCAACAUCAUCAACAACAAAUACAAAUGCCUUAUCGACAAAUGCAAGGAUUACAGAUGAUACUGAUUCAGGAUCGCAUGUACAUUUUGCAAAUAGUGUACAUUAUGGAUCAGGACCAUCUCAAUCAACUUAUUUUUCAUAUGGAAAUCCACCAACACAUCCACCAACAAGUUCAUCAUUUGAUCCACAUAAUCAUUUUUAUGCAAAUCCAUUUGCUGGUUUUCUUGAUCAAAAACAUUCACUUUUACCGGCAACAUUAUCCUGCUAUGAUCAUCAUCCAUCAUCAUCAAACUAUUAA